ACCCAGACAGUUGACAGUUAAUUUGUAAUGAUAAUUGUUUUCUUGAUUUGGUUUUGAUUAGCAAUUUUGUCCUACAUACAUUUCUUUAAGCUAAUCGAAAGAUUUUAAAAAUCAUUAAUAAUGUCAAGAGAUAUCGUCGUUUUAACACCAAAUGGGAGAAGAGUAAAAGUUCAUUGUACACCGGACACUAAUAUUUUACAGCUCUUAGAAGAUGUAUGUGCUAAACAAGGGCUUGAACCAAAUGAUUAUGAUUUAAAACAUCAUAAACAUAUUUUAGAUUUAACAACAACAGUAAGAUUCUGUAAUUUGCCAAAUAAAGCUUUUCUUGAAAUGGUUGAAGCGGAAAAGAAAAGAGUGGAAUCAAAUGUCACUAUAGGGCUCAUGUUAAAUGAUGGUGAAAGAAUGACUGGUGAUUUUACACCAAAUACAACACUGUAUGAUUUAAUAAUGUCAUUGGCUCCAAAUGAACUACCAAAUUUACACAACCCCACUAUUUCCUACAUGAGACAAGAAGUAACAGGUGUUAAGGCAUUGAAGGAAAAAUCUUUGCGACAGUUGGGCUUGAUAGCAGGAAGAGCAAUUCUGCGUUUACUGGAUAAAACAGAACCAAUGCAGGCAAACAUAUCAUCAGUGUAUCGUCGAGUCAAAACUGAAAAACCAGAAAAUGGUUUAGUAACAUCAACUGAACCAUCACAUUCUAAUAAUGAUGAGAAAUGUAUACAAGGUCCAUCUAAUAUAAAAAAUACUGAAAAUGCACAAGGUUCCCUGGAUCCCAUGAUAUUAAUAAAACAAGAAAAAAAGAAGAAAGAUGCUAAAGUUGAAAUGGACUUGCCUACUGAACUAGACAUUGAUCAAAAUUUUAAAACUAAGGAUCAGGAAACAUUGCCAAAACAGCUAGAAAGUACAACUUCAUAUCAGUCUCCACAACCCCAAAUAACUCGAGAGAAUCUUGAAAGACGUUUGAGAAUUGAAGAAGAAGUUACCUUCAUUGGAUCCCAAAAAGCCAUAGCUUUCAUGCCCCCAGAUGGAAAUGAAGAAGAAUUAUCUGAUUUACCUGAUGAUUUUUAUGAGUUAACUAUUGAAGAAGUAAGAAAAAUUUACCAUGAAUUACAACAACAUCGUAUCGAACUUGAAAAUACACCAAUACUUACUUCAACAAAACGAGAAGAAUUUGCACAGCAGGCCUCCCUUUCCAAAAUAAACAUGUAUAAAAAUGUAGUAGUAAGAAUACAAUUCCCAGACAACAUUAUACUUCAAGGAGUGUUCACCCCAAACAAUACAAUCGAAGAAGUACAAAACUUUGUUAAAGAGCAUCUACAAAAUCAAGAUAAACCUUUUCAUAUUUUUACAACUCCAUUAAAAGAAGAUUUAGAUCCAAAUGUGACAUUAUUAGAUGCAAAAUUUGUACCAUGUGUUCAUAUGCAUUUCAAAUGGUUAGAAGAAAAUUCAGGUCCACCAUAUUUAAGAAAGGAAAUUUACUCUAAGAAGACAACAAAUGAUGCAGCCUGCAUUUUAGCCUCAAAAUAUCGUGCACCUAGCCGAAGAAAGUUGGAAAAUCCUCACAGUCCACAACAGUCUAGCAAUGGGGCAUCUGUAUCUAAAAGUAAAGUACCAAAAUGGUUCAAGAAAUAAACAUGUCUGCUAAACUAUGUAAA